UCCCCGCAGGAAACCAGGAAACCGGCUGGCGGCCGCGGGCCGGCGCCGGGGGAGGCGAGGGGUUAACCGGGGUGGGGGCAUCCCGGGCCGAGAGGUGUGAAUUCCGCCCGCUCCCCCCCGCCCCGCUUCCCCCCUCGCUAUAAGAGCGGUCGGCUCGGGCUGGGGGGAGCCACUGCGGCUUCUCCUCGCUGCGAGCCCGGCGCCCGGCAGAGCUUUGAAGUCGGGAGGAGCGGCGGCUUCUGCUGCUCCGCUGCUCCGCGCCGCCCGGUACCGAUAUCGAUACCGCCUCCGCUGCACCGCUCGGCCCGAGGGGUCCCCGCUGUCCCCGUGCGGACGGCGCUCCUCCGACCGUAUCCCCCCGCGGCGGGCGGGUCUGUAUGCAGGUCUGUAUGUUUUCCUCUUCUCCCGGUUCCGAAGUGCUUGCUGGUGUCUUCCCUGCCCCCCCCCUUCCCCUUUCCUUUAUUUUCCCCUUCUUUUAUUUAAGCGUGAAGCUCUUUCGCUGGAUCUAGGAUAAACUCUGAGCAAGCUCUUUUAUUGGCUUGGAAUCAGAAGUGUCUGGAAGUCUUAAUGAAAACCAAGUGUAAGGCAAGGCUCAGCCACCUGUCCCCGGCAUCCCCGGCCAAGAGCUCUGCGCUUCGAUUAAUCAAUGGAUCCGCGAUUUGGAACGCGUCUGUGCCCUGAAGCAAUGCGUGGGGCGAGAGUGGAGCUGAGCUGGGAACCGGGAGCCCCGAUGGGGAUCUGGGCGAGGCAGAUCCCACAGCUGUGCAGGCACUGCCAGCACGUCUGUGCUUCCACAGCUGCACGAGAGCCAUUGCAGGAAGCUGAAGGAGCAGAGAAACCUCUGUGCUGCUGCUCUGCAGCCUCUCUCCCACCUCCCCGUUUCCCAGAGGCAUUGCCUAGUUGCCCUUCAAGGGAUGUUAGCAUAAGUUCCUCUCUACACUGCUUUUUCUUGCAGAUGUGAGCUGCUGUGAUUGCUUGGAAGCAUGACUUCCUGAAGCCUGCCUGUUUCUGGCUCUCACUGUGAAAUAUGUUGUGGCUUUAAGCUGGGUUUUAAUUAAGAAAAUGCCAUUCUGGGUUAUUCUCUUUCAUGAGGCAAAUGGAGAAAGGGGUGGAAGGCUGACAGUUGGGAUGCUGUGUUCCUGCACUUCAGUUGCAUGUGGUUUCUUCUCUAUAAGAGCAGGCUUCAAGAAAUUGCUGGGAAUUAGAGUAGAAUAAAUGAAAAGGAAAAAUAAUCACUGUUAAUUGUAUCAAAUGCUUGGUGAGAUUGAAGUAUACAAAUCUUCUAAAAGCCAGGCCCACUGGUGACAUCUGGUGCAGCCACUGGGAACCAGUGCAGAUGUGUGGGUUGGCGGAUAGCAGCAGAGACGGGGAUGGGAACCUGUGCCAUGUUGAUGUUUCCUUUAAUCAGGUACCACCCCUGGAUCAAGCCCUUGCAGUCACUGGUGGUGGGGGUCCUCCCAUAGGGCUGCAUGGGGUCUUGCUCAGCACGGCGUGGUUGCUCCGUAGGAUGAAGAUGCUCAGGUGGAGGUGGAGCAGGGUCUCUGUCAGUGUAUGGUCCUGGCUGAGGGCUGCCCUGGCCCUUCUCGUCGUUGGCAACAUGGCCUUUGUGAUAGCUCAGGACCUGCCUCAGACCUCCAACAGCCUGGAGGAGGGUGCAGAUGUCACUGCGUACUGGUGGGGUGAGUGGACCAAGUGGACGGCGUGCACGAGGAGCUGUGGUGGAGGUGUGAAGUCCCAGGAGAGGCACUGCCUGCGGCAGAGACGAAAGUCAGUGAGUGGGCUGGCUAAUAAAACUUGCACUGGAACAUCCAAAAGAUAUCAGCUCUGCAAAGUACAAGAGUGCCCUGCAAACGGAAGGAGCUUUCGAGAGGAGCAGUGUUCAUCCUUUAACUCCCAUGUGUAUAAUGGAAGAACGUAUCAAUGGAAACCUUUAUACCCUGAUGACUAUGUUCACAUUUCUAGCAAGCCCUGUGACCUCCAUUGCACCACUGUGGAUGGUCAGAGACAAUUAAUGGUUCAGGCUCGGGAUGGAACAUCCUGCAAAUACACUGAUUUCCGAGGGGUUUGCGUGUCUGGAAAAUGUGAGCCAAUUGGCUGCGAUGGCAUUCUCUUUUCCACCCACACCUUGGAUAAAUGUGGAGUUUGCCAAGGAGAUGGGAGCAGCUGCACUCAUGUGACAGGGAGUUACAGGAAAGGAAAUGCUCAUCUGGGCUAUUCCCUGGUAACGCACAUUCCUGCUGGAGCAAGGGAUAUCCAGAUAGUGGAACGGAAAAAGUCUGCAGAUGUUCUGGCUGUGGCUGAUGAAGCUGGGUACUAUUUCUUCAAUGGGAAUUACAAAGUUGACAGCCCAAAGAACUUCAACAUUGCAGGCACGGUGUUCAAGUACCGCCGGCCCAUGGACGUCUAUGAGACUGGCAUAGAGUAUAUUGUUGCACAAGGACCAACAAACCAAGGAUUGAACAUCAUGGUCUGGAAUCAAAAUGGCAAAAAUCCAUCCAUCACGUUUGAAUACACUCUCUUGAGGAAACCACACUCAAAUCUCCAGCCCAUCUACUACACCUUUUCUGAGUCAGAUAGCGAAGAAAGCAGGGAGUUUGAUGGAGAUGUGCCAUUGGGUUUUAUCCAACACAACGCAACCUAUUUUGGGAAAAUCUCCAGGGAAAGGAUAGACUUGGAGAACCAGGUGUUUGGAAGACAGGACACGGAGGAAGAUUUAAACUUGAGCAAAGGUCAGGAAACCAAUGAGGUCUAUGAAAGAGCAGAAACAAUUGACUGUGAGCCAAAACUGAAGGGCAAACAACCCAAAGAUUCAAACGUAACCAGGUCUACUUACCAGACAGACCAUGACGACAGAGACUUUGACCCCAGGUUCACCUCCAGGGAAUUCCUUUCGGAGAAUGCCAUCACAGACAAACUGCUGGACAAGGCCUCUGACUCAAAGGAGUUGGUACUCAACAUGACCAUGAACAGCAUCUUUGCCCAGGGAGACCCAAUCAACUCUGUGGGGUCCCACAUCGACAGCCUCUACGUUGACUACGAGGACACUGAUGGCAUUGUGACCUAUACCAUCAAUGGCACGUACAUGGAGCUCAGCAAUGGCAAAGCCAUCAAUUCAUCUGCAGAGACACCGUUUUCAAAUGCCACUGUCACCAUGACCAGCUCUCAAGGGAACAGAACCCACAAAGCAAGAAACAGAUUGAAGUUGUUAAGAAAGGGCCAAGGUGUGAGUGCUGCUGACAUGUACAGGUGGAAGCUUUCCUCCCAUGAACCCUGCAGCUCUACAUGCACCACAGGAGUGAUGUCCACAUAUGCUAUGUGCGUUCGCUAUGAUGGGAUCGAAGUGGACGAUACGUACUGUGAUGCCAUGACCCGCCCUGAGCCUGUCCAUGAGUUCUGUGCUGGGAGAGAGUGCCAGCCAAGGUGGGAGACAAGCAGCUGGAGUGAGUGCUCCCGUACCUGCGGUGAGGGCUACCAGUUCCGCAUCGUGCGCUGCUGGAAGAUGAUCUCUCCAGGCUUUGACAGCUCUGUCUACAGCGACCUCUGUGAGUCAGCUGACAUCACCCGGCCCGACGAGCGCAAAGUCUGCAAGAACCCGGCCUGUGGGCCACAAUGGGAGAUGUCUGAGUGGUCAGAGUGCUCUGCGCGGUGCGGUGAGCGCAGCGUGGUGACGCGGGACAUCCGCUGCUCGGAGGAGGAGAAGCUGUGUGAUGCCAGCGCCCGACCCCUGGCUGAGAAGAACUGCACAGGGCCGCCCUGCGACCGCCAGUGGACCGUGUCUGAUUGGGGACCGUGCAGUGGUGGCUGCGGACAGGGCAGGAUGAUCCGACACGUGUACUGCAAAACCAGCGAUGGGCGCGUGGUGCCAGAGUCGCAGUGCAACCUGGAGACAAAACCUCUGGCCAUUCACCCCUGCGGGGACAAGAACUGCCCGUCACACUGGUUGGCACAGGACUGGGAGCGGUGCAACACCACGUGCGGCCGGGGUGUGAAGAAGAGGAUUGUGCUCUGCCUGGAGAUUGUCAAUGGCAAGAUCAAGACUCACAGCCCCACUGACUGCGACGUGGCCAAGAAGCCUGUGGAGGAGACGACGUGCUUUGAGCGGCCGUGCUUCAAGUGGUACACCACCCCAUGGUCAGAGUGCACUAAAACCUGCGGCAUCGGUGUGAGGAUGCGGGAUGUCAAGUGCUACCAGGGGAAGGACAUCGUCCGUGGCUGCGACCCCCUGGUGAAGCCAGUGGGCAAGCAGACCUGUGACCUGCAGCCCUGCCCCACCGAGCCCCCAGAUGACAGCUGCCAGGACCAGGCAGGAACCAACUGCGCUUUGGCCAUCAAAGUGAACCUGUGCAGCCACUGGUACUACAGCAAAGCCUGCUGCCGCUCCUGCCGCACCCCCCACUCGUAGUGCAGGGCUGGGGCCGCAGCCCUGCUGGUGAGCAUUGGGGAUGGAUGUUCCUUUCCUCGCUCUGCUGGCACGGCUUGCUUUCAGAGCUGCUGUACAUUGGUUAUCAGAGCUGUACAUACAAUCGUGUAUAUUUGAUUUCCCCCAACAGCAGACAUUCACGUGGUUUCACAAGGUCUCGUCCUUUGGUUUCUUUCUGCCUAUGCAAGUAGGGGGUGGGCAUGGACCCAUGGGAGUGAAAGUACUGGUGUGUUCCCUAGCAGAGGGGGUGAGUGCCUCCUCCCUGCUUUCUCCUCAAUGCUCUCUCACGUUUAACACAGUGGGAAGCAGAUUUUCAUUUGCUAAAUGAACUCAAGCCCAAGCCCUCUUUUGUAAUAUGGAGGUGUAUACUUUUUCAGAGGAUUUUAUCUUGUAACCAAAUGUUAGUGCCAUAGUCCUUACAACCUCCCCCCCCCCAAAUGCUGACAUAUUGUAUAUAAUAUGGAAACAUUACUGCACUUUAUAUCACAAAAAAGACGUGCUCUUUUUUAAUAUAUUUGUUUACAGACAGUGAACUUUAUCCAUGUAAUCAUUAAUUUGUACCCAUGU